CGAUCUGAUUUCGGAUCCAAGCGCUCAUUGCCAACCUUGUCAAGGGCACUUCGAGCAGUACCCAGCGUCUCGGCGUUCGUUGACGCCGUUGCAAGUUGUUUUCGCGGCACCGAGCAUAGAAGAUGUGCUUUUCGUCGCCAUCGUUGGGCAUUCAAACUUUUGAACAAAGCCCCAACGCGAGGUGCCAGCAGAGCUGUCUCGUUAUUCCGUCGCUUGGCGUGUGUGGCUUGUGCUGCCUCGGAUGCAGGCUAACGAUGGGGAAUCGCGCUGCCGUCACUUCCGUGCUGUGGCAGGUCGGAACAUCAGCCCUUGCAGAAAGUCGGCGAUACUUAAACAUGGACGCUUGGAUUGUACACUGUACGCGAGGCCACGAAAUUCGUUUGGUCGAUGCUCAAGAAAGCGCAAAGCAGAGCUGUCCAAGGCAACGUUGGACGUACGCAGCGCACCAAAUGUUACUAGUACUAGAUGGUAGCAUGCUUACUGCAGUCUGCAACACUCUGGACAGCACUGCUUUACAUUCCGUCGGUCUAGUGUAUGCCUAAACAAUAAUCCACUACACUGUUGUGUCUAGCAA